UUUAUUUAUUUUUGACCACCACAAUCGACACUUCAUCUAGUACCUCUAUAGACACCGGAUCUAAGAUAUCACUUAACACCAUCUAAGUGUACGUCAAUGCGUAUGCGACACUCUCUCUCCGGAGUACACAUGGAUUUCGGUUGCCUCGACAAGGAUUCGGGCGAAGUGGAGUGCUACCUAGAAAUACAUUGCGAUUCGGGUACUACUUGUGGUAUCACGAUACAAAUGCCCAAUCCCGAGGCCGUAGGAUGUGUGGAGAGAUGUGCAACUUUCCUAUCAUUUCUUCUAGUCAUCAUAACGUUUCCUUUCUCGUUAUUCGAAUGUUUCAAGGUGGUUCAAGAGUUUGAAAGAGCUGUAAUCUUCCGCCUGGGAAGAUUAAGAAAAGGUGGAGCGCGUGGACCUGGCCUGUUUUUUGUUCUGCCUUGUAUAGACACGUACAGAAAGGUUGAUUUGAGAACUGUGUCUUUUGAUGUCCCUCCACAAGAGGUCCUCACAAGAGACUCUGUGACAGUAGCAGUCGACGCAGUGGUAUAUUAUCGCAUCAAAGAGCCACUUAAUGCAGUCGUACGAGUUGCUGAUUACAGCGCAUCGACCCGCUUGCUAGCUGCCACCACUCUCCGCAAUGUGCUUGGCAUGAGAGACCUGGCCCAGCUGUUGUCUGACCGCGAAGCUAUCAGCCACAUGAUGCAAGCUAAUCUUGAUGAGGCCACUGACCCGUGGGGAGUGGAAGUUGAAAGAGUAGAGAUUAAAGACGUGAGAUUACCGGUCCAGCUUCAAAGAGCGAUGGCAGCAGAAGCAGAGGCGGACAGAGAAGCUCGAGCUAAAAUAAUCGCAGCUGAAGGCGAGAUCAAAGCCUCCAAAGCACUAAAGGAAGCUUCGCUUGUGAUGGUCGACAACCCUAUGGCGCUUCAAUUACGAUACCUACAGUCCCUCAACACGAUAUCCGCUGAGAAGAACUCGACCAUAAUAUUCCCGUUUCCCAUGGACUUCCUGAAGACAUUUCUCCCGGGAUCAUCAGGCCAUCAUUCCUCUCAUUUGCCAUUUUAAUUAUAAU